CCUGUUACCCUUUGCUGAGGCAGAGCUGACAGCUCGGCUGCGACUGGUCCCAAGGCCAGGGGAGCCCUGGGCUUAGCUCCGCCCCGCUCGGCCUGGGUGGCAGCGAUGGUCCAGGUCCCCCGGCUCUCGGCCCUGGGUGCAGCUGGCGCGCGCGUGUCUCCGCGUGUCUGCUCGCGUGUGCGCCCGUGCGUGUGAGUGAAAUGAGGUGGAGUCCUACGCCUGGGUGUUUCCUUCCAAGUGAUCCUGAUCAGCGAUCCGUUAGGGGAUCAUGGGGGGAAAAUUCUGGCUAGAAGGAUGAAAACUGAGUAAGUACACAGAACUUUGAACUUGAAACAGAAUGAGACCCAACGCAAGCAAAACCCCGACAGUAACCACACACAUUCAAACUGCUAUUCCCUUCUUAGGUUAAAAGCCGUGAAUGCUAGCAGCAAAGGAGCAAUUUAAAAACUGAACGAAAGGAAGCAGUUCAGAAACAUGAAAGGCUGAGAGUAGGGCGGCUUUAAAACGGGAGGGAAAAUGAGAAACUGCUAGGGCAACCUGGCCCGCGCCCAGCUGUGCAACAGGCACUUCGCAUUUAAUCUGCUGCGUCUUCAGGGCUGUUUGCAGACUCCAGAUCCGCUUUACUGUGCUUUCUCUUUGCCCCAAAGCCGAGACAAGCUGAACUCUUGAGUUCGUGUUGUGGAAAUAAGACACUACCGGAAGGAACUCUUGGCAGCUGGGGAUGCAUUCGGAUGAUUUCUUAAGACUAUCAUGAUUUUGACAUCUUAAAAAUAAAAUAAGCAGGUCGAUCACUUUUUACUGUCCUUCGCAAAGGGCUCGUGUUAACCGCCUCGGACCGCUGGGACCUGUGAAUCUUUGGCAUGAACCUUCGGAAAGUUCUCAAGUGGAGAUGGGGCGAACUUGAUUGGAGUUGUGCAAGAAGAAGACAGAUGUGUACUUUUUUCAUGCUGACAACGUGGCCAGGGGCCAAGUGAAGCCGAACUGGUCAUGAUCUGUCGACCUGUGUUCCUUUGUCGCCGGCGAUUUUGCCCCAGACCUUUCCUGGUGGGUUUGGUGGUGGCAAUCUGUCUCUUUUACCAGACCCUGACACUCCGAGGGAGUAAGAAGCUUGCAGCUGAGGUUCCUGGAACUGUCCCACACACCCCCUCUCACACUCAGGCUAGCAGAUGUGAGAAAGGACACCCUCAGGACAAACGGUGCUUCCUUCUCUCGGCGGCGAAUGCCCAGGAGAUCAGGAAGAUUGAAGAAUCUAUUGAGACGAACUUCGGCAGUCACAGCAGGAGGGCCAUCCUCUUCAGGCCCCUUUCAUGCAGCAGAGCGGAGCUUCAGAUGCACCAGCACCUCCUUGACCAGCAUGGCUACAGUGUUGGCACUGUUGAAGAAAGACCUGGUGCUGCCCUAGAUCUGGAGCUGUUGGACCAAGGUGAUUUGAACUCCUGGGAUCUGUUCAUUUGCCUGCCUUCCAGGGAAGCUGGUGGGAAACCCUGCUUGCCCAGAGAGCACAUGUGUCAGCUAAGUCUACAUCAGAAGAUAAAUGUAUUACCAGAAAUACAGCUUCAGCUUUGCAGAAAAGAAGGCUUGUGUCAACUGAGCAGAAGAUUUCCAGAAUUGCGACUUCCAGUGAGUCCCUCUGUGUGCCUGGAUCAGGGGACGCAGUCACAGCUGAGUGCUUCCAGUCACCUCUCAAAAGGAGCCAAGCCACAUGUGUGGGAACCAUGGGACUGGAAACGUGAACAGUUGAAUCAGACUACAGUCCUUGCUCCACAUGAAGCAGUCUUCAGGGCAGAAGAGCUCUCUGUGAUUCUUAAAGCCUAUGUGUUGGUGACCUCCUUAAGGCCUUUACGUGCGUUCAUUCAUUCAACAGGCACCGUGUGGAGCCCACCAAAGAAGAAACGCUUCACUGUUAAGCUGCAGAUGUUUUUUGAAACAUUCCUGAGGACAAGUUCACCCCUGCAGGCACUGGAUAGCAUGAAAGAAGCAAUUAGCAAGCUCCUGCUGGUGGCUGAGGUGUUCAGUAAAGCAUCUACUCUGGGACCAAAGACCAUCCAUAGAUGUAGACAGUGUUUUCAGCUUUUAACUUUUGAUAUUGGUUAUGGAGAUUUGGGAAAUCCUGUAGUGCUCCAGGUACAUGAGCAUUUGAAAUUUCAAGAUGAUGAGAAGUUCAAUUUGGAGGACCAAAAUACAGAAAAAAUCCUCUUAAAGGAUACUUUCAACUUCCUCUUCUCCAACACAUCUUCCCUUUCUGUAUUUUCUGAGAUAGUGCAGAAGCUUUACAGAGCCAGCGUAUUUGAGGAUGGAAACUAUCACAAGGAGUUAAAUAAGUGCCUGUCUUUAGAGGAAAUUCACUCAAUUAGGACCUUUGUAAAGGAACUUGGGAGUCUGGGAGAAUUCCAACUGCUCUUCCCAUCUACUCUUCCUGGGAUUCAAUCUGUGAUGCGUGAAUUUUAUGAUAUGUCAACUCUUGGCUCCGUCAUGUCCCAAUACUGGUCUCUUUUAAAUGUAUUUGAACAAUUUUGGCCCAUGAAUAAAAAGGAACAGCUACAUCCACUGGAAUGGAAUUCUUCCAAAAGAAAUGAGACCAUUCAGAAACCACAAGAAUCGUCAGAAGCAAUCAAAAGGAAAAAAGAUGCAGUUCCACGAGUUUUGUAUGAAAAUAAAGAUAUACAUUGCAGUAAUGAGGAAGACACACUCUGCCGUAUCAAGAUCUCCACCCAUCCCCAUUUGGAGCUAAAUCCCGACUUUAAUCCGAAGAUCAAGGAUUAUUACUGUGAAGUGCCCUUUGAUGUGCUAACAGUGAGGAUUCGAGCAGAGACUUCGAAGUGCCAGUGCAAGGUGCACUUGCAAGAGCGGGCAGGACCGAGCUUUGCCAACUAUCCUCUGGGAUUAGGAAUGAACAGAAUUUCCAUGUUCGUGGUGGAUGAAUCUCCAGCAGAGGGUGACACAGUAACCACAUAUAAACUCACCAUCUAUAGAGAAGACCGCCCAAGUCUGCCCUUCUUUGAGGAUUUCACAGCAUGCGGUUUUGUACAAGAUUGUGGUUUGCUGAUUAACCCAGAAGAAACCUGUGGGUUGCAGCCCAUUUCUUCAGACUACAUUGAAGCCAUUUCACAGCCUGAAAUAGAGAGUUGUCUAUCUGGGGACACUAACGGCCAGUGGAUUGUGCCUUGCCUUAGUUGUUCAGACAACAGGACUUGUGACUGGAGAGAAAUAACCUGGCAGCCACACAACUGCCACCAUGACAUCCUAACCAAGUCAGAACUUCAGCAGUGCCUGCAAGGAAGGAAGGAGGUCUCUUGUUUCCCUUCUGCUGAGAGAACUAAUGGAAACGGCAUGCUGACAAUGGGGCAGGACUGUGCAGAGGAGGACUAAGGUGGGCUGGUGCCCAUACUUGCAUGUACGUCAGCUACCUGCAUUGUGCAUCACAUGCAAGGGAGACAUUACCAAAGCCUGCCCCUUUUCUACCAGUUUUACCAACCUGAAGACUCAUAUGAAAACAUCCGAUCUUUGACAAUGAAAAUCCACAAUUUUAACUAUUCCCUUGAGAAAGAAGUUUGGACAUACUCUAUUACAAGAAAAGCAGACUUCUGAGUCCUAAUUCUGGCAAGCUACAGGUUUGGGGAACAUGUUACAUGAGUCUUCUUUCUCCGAAGAAUCAGAUAUAAUGGCAACAGGAUUUGACUAGGCUUCUGAGAAUUACUGGACAGUUAGACUCCCAAGGAACAUUCUGCUUCCUCUAGAUUCUCCACAUAGCUUCAUUAAAUCUCCUUGUGCUAUUGCCAUUUCCCUGCUGUUCACACCAGUGGAUGCCAAGACUGUACUUGGAAACACAAGCUUACCUGGAGGGAAGGAACAAGACACAAAUCAGUGGAGAUUUGAAAAGCAGCUCAAAUCACCAGCAACUUUGACCAAGAAACUCACUCAAUGGCAAAUGAGCAGAAUUGGGCUUCCUACACCUUGGGCAUUUUCUUUCAUUUCAGCAAUGUUGAGUAGAAGAAUCACAGAAUGACCUCUCAAGGGGAAAGAGGGGACAAGUGUCAAAAUAUCUAAAAAAUUCAUUUCUGUACAAACAUGUGUACAGGGGGUGGAGGGUAAAUGUGGGACUCUUAUUAAACUUGAUUUUACACAAGUGGGUUUUUCAUCUCUGUGUAUGGGUUUGUUUUUGUGAUGUAUAGUAAUAAUUAUGUUGAAUCAAAGUAAAAAUCAAUUGAAAAAACUAGUAUGUUAAUCAUAACUGCAUUUCUCCAAAUGAAUCCUUGCUUCUCCAUGAACUCUGAGUAGAACAUUGAUAAGCACGGAUCAGCAGGACUCUGUACUCACCCUGUGAAGCAAUUUAGAAGUGCGACAAAUCUGUAGCUGAAUAAAAAAGCAAAACAAAUGAAUUAAACAAGCCUUGUUUUGUUUGAUAGUUGAAAACAGUUCGUAGUUUAAACCAAUAGGAAAAUGUCUGAAUAAAGAGUGCAGUUAAGAGAGGGAAAUAGAGGUCAUAGGCAUCAGUACUAGAUGGGUAGGACUAGUGGUUCCUUCCUUCCUUUAGAACAAUAAGCCAGAGCACACCAACUGAUUAUCCAAUACCAAUGUUCACCCUGGAAACACAUACAUUCAAGUAAUAUCAUAUGUACUGAGCAGGUUGCAUUUAUAUAUUUAGGAGUACACACAUGCACACACAAAAAUACAUAUGUAACAGCAAUUAAAGAAAUAAAGGCCAUGAAAUUGAAAGGAGGUAGCCUGUGGCAGUUUGGAAGAAGGAAAGAGAAGGGGGACAGAAUAUAAUUAUAUUAAAAUCUCAAUAAUUAAAAUUAUAAUAAGAAAGUGAAAUAGAAAAAUCUAUAUUUAAAGAGAAUACUUAAACAUGGCUGUUAACCAUAAAAGGUGACUUAAAUUUUUCAAAAGGCCUUUAAUAUUAGUUGUCCCUCCCCAUAGUCCCCUUCUUCCCUCUCCUCCCACUCCUCUCCCCACUGAAUCCUCCUAUUCUAGUUCCCCUACUGUCUCUUCACUGCUUAUACUCUAUUUCCCCUCCUUAGGAGAUCCCCUUCCCCCAGUCCCUUUCUAGCUACCUAACCUCUGUGAUCAUAUAGAUCAUAUUCAUUUUCUCAACAGCUAAGUAAUAUUCCAUUUUUACUUUAAUAUACCACAUUUCGAUUGUCCAUUCAUCAGUUGAUGGACAUCUACGUUGUUUCCAAUUUCAGCAAUGAACAUGAAUAAACAAAUAUCUCUGCAGCAAGUUGCAGAGUCCUUCGGGUUUAUGCCCAAGGAUGGUACAGCAGGAUCUUGUGGUAGAUAGAUCUUCAGCUUUGUGAGGAACCUCCCUCCACACUGAUUUCCAGAGGAGCUGUUUCAGUUUGCACUCCCACCAGAGAAAAAUGAGUGCUCCCCUGUCCCUGCAGCCUCACAGGCAUGUGGUGUUAUUUGUUUUAUUUAUCUUGGCCAUUCUGACUGGUUGGUGUAAGAUGAAAUCUCAAAGCGUUUUUAAUUUGUACUUCCCUGAUGGGUAAGGUUGUUGAAAGUUUUUAUUUUUAAGUGUGUCUUAGUCAUCUCUGUUUCAAGUUGUGAAAACUCAGUUUUGUUCAAUAUACCAAUUUUAACUGAGUUAUUUGUUUUCUUGCUAUUCGGUUUUUGUUUUGUUUUGUUUUUGUUAUUGUUCCUUAUAUAUGCUAGAUAUUAACCCUCUAUCAGUUGUAUGACUGGUAAAUAUUUUUUCCCAUUCAGUAGGUUUCCACUUUCCUCGAAUGGUGAUGAUUUUUGCUGUACAGAAGUUUUUUAGCUUGAUGAGGUCCCAUUUAUUAAUUGUACUUAAUGCCUGAGUUAUUGGUGUCUUGUCCAGAAAGUCCUUCCCUGCACCUGUGGGUCCAAGCCUAUUCCCUACAUUCUCUUCUAUUAGGUUCAGGAUAUCUGGUCUUAUAUUGAAGUCCUGAUCCAUUUGGACUUGAGUUUUGUGCAGAAUGAUAGAUAUUAUAGAUCUAUCUUCAUUCUUCUACAUGGUGACAUCCAGUUUGACCAGCACCAUUCAUUAAAGAUGUUGUUUUUCCUCUGGUGUAUAUUUUUGUCUUCUUUGUCAAAAUAUCAGCUGUCUUUAGGUGUAUGGAAUUAUGACCAAGUCUUUAACUCUAUUCUAUUGGUAAACGUGUACAUUUUAAAGUACCGUUUUAAAGCUGUGUAGGAUCUUGGACAUUAAGGUGUUUAAAGUUUUGAAGUGUGGGCUGAAUUAUAAUAUUUCUUUAAUAACACAUGAAUUCCAUGAAGAUUACACAAUUCAUUGUUGUCAGUCUCAAUAAUUGAGGUAAAUAAAAAGACAUAAGUGUCUCUCUUCAUUAUCACCAGUUAAGGGUGACUUAUGCAUGAUGCCCUCCUCCAACAAUGGGUCACAGGAAAUGAUAGUAGAGACAAGUCACUUUGUCCAAGGAAAAAGUAAUAACCCCCCCUGCCAUUACAGAGUUGUUUGUUUUCCUUUUCUUGUCCAAUUUUGUGUGAUUGAAAGCGGCUUGGUUAAAUUACAUUUAUUUUUGCCCCAAACAGCAAUUUGGCUGCACAUGUAUAGCCAAUGUAAUUAAAAUGCAUAAUUGGAAAACAUUCAUUCAUUAUAAUCAUAUCAAAAUUUACAGAGAAAUGUUUUGUUGAGCUAGAUUUUCAUCAUGACCUAAAUCUCAUUAGCCAUCUCAUCCAUCUCAGCUGUACAUGACAGCUGAGCUGCCCCUUGCCUCAUUGACAGAUGGGGGGAUACCUCAUGAGAACCCUGCUUCUCAACCUUGAGGUUCCACAGAAUCGCAGGGGGGCUGGGUAAACAAAACAACGCAGUUUUAAGGCUAGAGAGAUGACUCAGUCAUUAAAGGCUAGGCUCACAACUGAAACAACACAGCUUUAACUCAUCUACUUGACCAACAUGGACAUACUUUUGUGUCAAUCAGAAAUGUUCAAAUCACUGCAGACUUAAAAGUAUAACAAUAGAAUAGGGCUGGUGUAGCAUGAAUGUUAAAAGUUCUUAUUAAUAAAAUCAAACCUGAGGCCAGUUAUUGGGGUGAAUACUGGAAGAUCAGAGAGACAAAAC